GUGACAAGCUAGAGAAGAGCGAAGGGUUGCAGGUCUCUUGGAGAGGCAGUCAGAUUGUACCACGAACUGAACACCCACUGGGAGCCAAGACUUGAAAUGGAUGGAUGGAUGGAUGGAUGGAGUGUGUGUGUGUGUGUGUGUGUGUGCACAUAAGGGUGGGUUGACUGUUUUGUUGGUUUAGAAGAAUGGACAAUCCCUGUCCCAAGCUUAUAGCAGGCGCUGGGAAGAAACAGACAGUUAUUCUCUGGAAACAAGAUAUAAGCACAACCUCCCCUCCCAAAUAUUAUGUAGUGUGUUUCUGUGUUGGGAAUCCAGGAAUGACUGUAGUGGUCAGAACUUGCUAAAAUCCAGGAGGACUUCCUGGACCUCGCUCUUCCUGAGCAGAAAGUACUGAAGAGAUUUGAAAACUCCAGGUCAGAUCAUUGAAGAGGUUGCUUUAGUGGGGCAAGGUGAAGCUCAUUCAUUUUUUAACCCUAUUCUCUGCAGAAUCAUUCUUAAAAAAGGCAAGUCUAUCCGCCAGACAAUGGAGGAGAAGGGCGUCCUGGAGAAGUUCCUAAAGAACCACCGAAAGGAGGACCCAGCUGCCAAGUAUCAUUUCAACAACGAUGCUGUUGCUUACGAGCCCAUCACUAACUACUUGGAUGCUUUCUAUUUUGGGGAGAUAAGCAUUGGGACACCACCCCAAAAUUUCCUGGUCCUCUUCGACACGGGCUCUUCCAAUCUGUGGGUGCCCUCCACCUAUUGCCAGAGCCAGGCCUGCUCCAAUCACAACAGGUUCAACCCCAGCCUGUCCUCCACCUUCAGAAACAAUGGGCAAACCUACACACUGUCCUACGGGAGUGGCAGCCUGAGUGUGGUCCUGGGAUAUGACACUGUGACUGUUCAGAACAUCGUCGUCAAUAACCAGGAGUUCGGCCUGAGCGAGAAUGAGCCCAACGACCCCUUCUACUACUCAGACUUCGAUGGGAUCCUAGGGAUGGCCUACCCCAACAUGGCGGUGGGCAGUGCCCCCACAGUCAUGCAGGGGAUGCUGCAGCAGGGCCAGCUCACCCUGCCCAUCUUCAGCUUCUACUUCUCUCGCCAACCAACCCAUCAGUACGGUGGAGAGCUCAUCCUGGGCGGCGUGGACCAGCGGCUUUAUUCCGGCCAGAUCGUCUGGGCCCCUGUCACCCAGGAACUGUACUGGCAGAUUGCCAUUCAGGAGUUUGCCAUCGGUGACCAGGCCACUGGCUGGUGCUCCCAGGGCUGCCAGGCCAUCGUAGAUACCGGCACUUUCCUGCUGGCGGUUCCCCAGCAGUACAUGGGCUCCUUCCUGCAAGCGACAGGAGCCCAGCAGGCUCAGAACGGUGAUUUUGUGGUCGCCUGCAACUCUGUGGAGAGCUUGCCCACCAUCACCUUCAUCAUCAGCGGGUCCCAGUUCCCUCUGCCUCCCUCCGCCUAUGUCCUCCACAACAACGGCUACUGCAGGCUGGGGAUCGAGGCCACUUACCUGCCCUCCCCCAACGGGCAGCCGCUGUGGAUCCUGGGGGACGUCUUCCUCAAGGAAUACUACUCAGUCUAUGACAUGGCCAACAACAGGGUGGGCCUUGCCUUCGCCGCCUAGAUGGCGAGGGGCAGCUGUCCGCACCCCGCACGCAGGGCUGGGGAUGCCCUCGUGUGGCUGUGGGCUCACCGCACCAUUUCCAACUACCCUGACCCCUUCUGUUCACUACAGUCUUACUUCCUGCAACGAAUAAAUUGGGAAACUCCAAAAAUCUUUGAAGUUCCUUCCAAAAUGUC